AUGGAUGCCGGCGCCACGUCCCGCGUCUCACCUUCUUCUUCUUCUUCGUCGUCCUCGUUCGAGUCUCAGGUGGUGCAAGCUCUUGGCACUCGAGGAUGGCGUUUCAGAGACUUGGACCAAAUUCGAGGGCUUAUCGACGCUCAGUCACCCACCUGCACCGCCGAUUCUAUUGAAUCGGAGCUCCUCAAUAUGGACUUGCGAUCAAUUGGCGGGAAAUGCUUGCCCGAGCCUUCUGUUCUGCGCAAGAUCUCUCACCUUCAAGGCCCCAUUGUCCUUCAGGUUUGCUCGUGUCGAGAUAUAUCUCGGAGUUCUGUAGCUGAUGCUUCAGGAAAUUCGGGCGGCCGGCGUUUGUUGAAAUUGAAGCUUACGGAUGGACAUUCAGAAAUAAGUUCUGUAGAGAUCUCUCAUGUGCCGUCAAUUCCUGAUGAUAUUAGCCCUGGGACUAAGGUCCGGCUGGUGGGUAAAGCUGACAUCCAUAAUGGUAUCUUGUGUUUGAACAAAAAAGUUAUCACCAUUUUAGGAGGUGUUGUUCAGUCACUUUUUGAAGAAUGGCAACUGAAGCGCAAGUACAUGAAUGUCACCCGUUAUGCCUCCAGAGUUUCACAAGAAAGUGAAUCGAAUUAUCCUCCUCCUUUUGAAAAGCUUCAAAUUGGGGCAUCUACUCGAGGAACUACAUCUACCCCACGCACUUAUGGAAAUAAAGGACAUUACUCGUCCAAUGCUACAGGGUCUUCUGAGGCCUCCUCAAAUGACUCCAGACAAACUCUGGUUUCUAAAAGUGAGCCGAGUCGGAUUGUUCAGCUCGAGAAACACAACGCAACCGAGGAUAGUGUAACUAGUGAUGCCAAGAAGCUUGAUGAUGGUGGUGAUAACACCGAGAAGCCGACCUGCUCCUCAACAAGACCAAAAGUAACUGCAACUGCAACUGCACCUAUUCAGAAUCAAGCGGCUGCCCAGAAACUUCUCCAGAAAGCAAGCCAACCGAAUCCUAAAGAUCGCAGUUUUAGAAACCAGAGGCAUAGGGGAAAGUUUAAAGAGGAAGAUCCACAUGUCCUCACUCUAGAUGAAUGGGAAAGGCAGAAAACUGGAGUUGAUCUUACGAAAACACAUGAACACAUUGAUGUCAGUCGAGAUGAGGAUCUCGCGAGAGUGCUUCAGAAGCAAUUCGAGCUAGAGGAUAUUCAUGCACAAAAGGAUCCACUUGUGGUGGACCCUGAAAGUAUAAAGAUGAGCAUGUUCAGUUUCGAAAGGAAUGAUGCCAGAGCCAACGCUGGAACCGAGUUUAGGGGUCGAGGGAGAGGAAGAGGAAGAGGACGGCGAAGAGGAGGCCGUUACUGA